UUUGAGGAACGUUGGGUGAUCCCAUUUCUGGGUUGCGGGUGUGUAGCAUUUGGUGUCUUGGGCUGUGGGUGGAGCCUUGAUCUAGAGAGGAACUGGGUCUUGGGUCCAUCCGGUCUCCGGUGCCUGGGUCCGUAGAGUUCUGGUGAGACUAGAUCUGGCUAUACUGCUACGUUAUCUCUUUCAUCUCUUAGCACGCAUUUUUGUUCUGCUUUUUCAGCUACUGGUGCAGUUGGUAGUUUCUAGGUCCAGUCAGCAACCCACUAUGCCUCUCCCUGUUGCGCUGCAGACCCGCUUGGCGAAGAGGGGCAUCCUCAAACAUCUGGAGCCAGAGCCAGAGGAAGAGAUUAUUGCUGAGGAUUACGAUGAUGAUCCUGUUGACUAUGAGGCCACCAGGAUAGAAGGUCUGCCACCGAGCUGGUACAAGGUGUUUGACCCUUCUUGUGGACUCCCUUACUAUUGGAAUGUGGAGACAGACCUCGUGUCCUGGCUCUCACCACAUGAUCCCAACUUUGUGGUUAGCAAAUCUGCCAAGAAACUCAGGAACAGUAAUGCAGAUGCUGAGGACAAGUCAGAGCGGAAUCUUGAAAAGGUGGACAGAAAUCAUGAGAAGUCAGAUCGUAGUCACGAGAAGCCAGACAGGAGCCAUGAGAAGGCAGACCGAAACCACGAGAAGUCUGACCGAGAACGAGAGCGGAACUAUGACAAGGUAGACAGAGAGAGAGAUCGGGAUAGAGAACGAGAACGGGCAUUUGACAAGGUAGACCGGGAAGAUGGCAAGGACCGGCGCCACCAUCGCAGAGAGGAACUGGCUCCUUACCCCAAGAACAAGAAAGCGACGAGCCGGAAAGAUGAAGAAUUAGACCCCAUGGACCCCAGCUCAUACUCAGAUGCACCCCGGGGCACAUGGUCAACAGGACUACCCAAGAGGAAUGAGGCCAAGACUGGGGCUGACACGACAGCGGCUGGGCCUCUCUUCCAGCAGCGCCCAUACCCUUCCCCUGGGGCUGUGCUCCGCGCCAAUGCAGAAGCCUCCCGCAGCAAACAGCAGGACUGAAUGUGUGUUCCCUGUAGCUUUGGCAGUCAUUUCUGUGUUGCUUUCUUGUGGCUCUGGAGUAGGACCCAUGGCUUCAUGCGUGCUGAAUAAUUAGUCCACCAGUGAGCUACACUCCCAGCCCCCUUGGUGUUUUAUGAACAACAAGCCCUUGUUGGUGUUGUUUAAUAAAAGCUUUUUGGGGAACCAUC